AUGGAUGACAACACUAUUACUGGUGAUGACCAUGGUGGUAUCAGAUCUUUAAAGCAUGAUUUAGCUCAUCGAAUUGAAAUGAAGAAUUUGGGCUUGCUAUGUUAUUUCUUGGGCAUUGAGAUAACUUUGUCUAAGAAAGGGUAUCUUCUUUCUCACACUAAAUAUAUAUCUGACUUGUUUACAUGGGCAGACCUCUCUGACAAUCGGAAUAUUGAUACUCCGCUUGAAACCAAUGCAUGGUACUCUCAUGCUGAUGGUGUUUCUUUGUCCGAUUUGAAUCUUUAUAGCACUGUUGUGGGAAGUUUGGCUUAUCUUAAAAUUACUCAUCCGGAUAUUGCUCAUGAUGUUCAUGUUUCCAGUCAGUUUGUUACUGCUCCUACCUAUGUUCAUUGGGGAGUUGUACUCCAUAUUCUGAGAUAUCUUCGUGACACUUAG